GAGGAUUUAAACCAAGACCCUGAAUCUAAAAAGUACACCGCAGCAUUCACCAUUACGAUUCUUCCUUGCAUUGUGGGAGUAACGCACGCUUCGAAAUGGCUCUUCGAGUGACUAGAAACCGAUUGGCUUCUACCAGGACUGAGCUGGCCGGAAAGGCCUGCUCGGUGGCUGGGCCCACACAGAAGCCUCGGGCGGCCUUGGGAGAAAUUGGAAACAUCGCGGCAAAUAAAGAAGUACAGAAAAAGAAUGUCAAGACCGAAGCUACCAAGAAGCCCAAAGUCACCGCUAAAGUUGAGAAAGCCGGACCGCCAAAACCUACCGUGGUUCCUGUUAAACCGGAGCCUGAGGUGCAGGUUGUGCCUGAACCAGCAUCACCCACCCCGAUGGAGACUUCUGGCUGUGAGCCUGCUGAGCUCUGUCAGGCGUUUUCAGAUGUCAUGCUUCACACUGCCAUUAGGGAUGUAGAUGCAGAUGAUCACGACAACCCGAUGCUCUGCAGCGACUACGUGAAGGACAUCUACAAGUAUCUCCGUGAGCUUGAGAUUGAGCAGAACGUCAGACCCACUUAUCUGAAGGGUCAGGAGGUGACUGGAAACAUGCGAGCCAUCCUCAUCGACUGGCUGGUGCAGGUGAACCUGAAGUUCCGUCUGCUACAGGAGACCAUGUACAUGACAGUAGGGAUCAUCGACCGCUUUCUUCAGGACCACCCAGUCCCCAAGAAGCAGCUGCAGCUGGUUGGUGUGACGGCCAUGUUCCUCGCCUCAAAGUACGAGGAGAUGUAUCCCCCAGAGAUCUCUGACUUCGCCUAUGUGACCGACAAGGCCUACACCACCGCCCAGAUCCGAGACAUGGAGAUGACCAUUCUGCGGGUGCUGAACUUCAAACUGGGCCGUCCUCUUCCCCUGCAGUUCCUCAGACGGGCCUCAAAGAUUUAUGAGGUUACCGCUGAGCAACACACCCUGGCAAAGUACCUCCUGGAGCUCACCAUGGUCGACUAUGAGAUGGCUCAUUUCCCACCUUCCCUGAUGGCGAGUGCCGCUUUGGCGCUUACGCUCAAGGUUUUGGAUGCCGGCGAAUGGGAUGCCACACUGCAGCACUACAUGGACUACACAGCAGAGAGUUUGAUUCCUGUUAUGGCUCACAUUGCCAAGAAUGUUGUCAGAGUGAAUGAUGGUCUGACUAAGCACAUGGCCAUCAAAGGCAAAUACUCGACCUCAAAGCAGAUGAGGAUCGCCACCAUCUCUCAGCUCAAGUCCUCAGUGGUGAAGGAUCUUGCUAAGCAGCUCACUCAGUGAGUCGACAAAUGACUUUGGCACCAUGUGCUGAUCUUUGUACAGAUGUAUCUUAAACUUUUUACCACAACUGAACAAUCUGUGACCCAAGGACCAUGUUGGUGGGUUGUGUAUUUUAGGGAGAAUUUUUCAAAGGAAGCAGUAACUUAAUAUCUGGUUGUCUUCCACAUUAUGGCUACACAAAAUGGCAGUUCAGUGCAAUCAGGCUGCAGAAACUGUUUUUUCGUUGUUUUUGAAGGUCUUUUUCCUGUUUCAGUCUGCAUUUAGUUGGGAGAUUCAGUUGGCUACCACUGAUUACUAUAACACCUUAUUUUCUGCAGCUAGUUUGCUUCCUUUUAUUGUUUACAACCGUUAAUGCACCAUUUGGUAGCUGACUGACUUCUUAAAAUGCUAUCCUUGAGCACGUUUAAAUAUCCCAGCUUAUCACCUUAACUUCACUGGAGUCACAGAAGAUGCACAAUCCAGUGUUUUAAGUCCUUUUAUCACUAACUGCUCCCAAAUGUUGCAGAUCUGAAACUUGUGGCAGGAUUUCAAAAUGGUCGAUCGUGGACAGAUGACACUUUUAAGCCUUUUUCUUUUCUUGUGUGUGGAAGUGAAUAUGUACAGCAGUGAUUUUAAAAUGAUUUUUAAUUUCUUAAAUGUCUUGUUCUUAAAGUUUCUAUUAAAUGGUUUUGACCAGAGAAA